CUUAUCUCAUUUAAUCCACUUUCCUCGACUAACUGAGGAAAUUCACGUUAUUCCCUUGCAGAAAAAAAGCAAAAACGACGACGUCAUGUUCGUAAGAUCGGCGUUGUUAUUUCUUCUCCUUAACCUGACCGGAGUGAUGAUGUUCAGGCUGAAGAAGAAUGACGAGAUCGAGACUUCUGAAGACCCCAAGCGCCCCAAUUAUGGUUUGCUUCCCAAGUUGAAGAAUGGCGAGAACGAGAUUCCUGAAAACUUCAAGCGCUCCAUUUAUAAUGGUUUGGUCUCCAAGUUGAAGAAUGACGAGACUGAGGAACCUGAAGAGCCUGAGCCAACCAAGAAUACCAAGGCUUUGGGUCGCCCAGAGGGUAGAGCUCCUGGUGAUUGUAUUGCUUGUUUCCUGAUAGAAUGUGGCUUCCCAGCCUUUGGAUGCUUAGGUGCCGGUCCUGCAUACUUAGGCUGUCUGACAGCAGCCUGUGGCGGUGGUAUAUUGGCAACCGUAUGCUUGGCAGAUUGCUUUCUUCCUAUUUAGGUCAUGCUCUCAGCCAGUGCAGUCAAGAAUGGAUACUAGUAAUUGUAAUUAUUAGAUAUCCAAACGGACCUUAUUACCAAUGGUCAUUUCAGUAUACUGUAAACCGCUUUGCUGAUUUGUUGUUUUUUUUUAUUUAAGCGAGGAUGCGACUUAUAAUCAAGACCAUCUGUAAUUGUUAACCUAAUCAUAAUCUUAAGGACCUCUCAGGGUCUGCUGAAUAAAUAAACAUGGCUGACAGCAUAAACAGAGUUGUUGUCGUUGAUAGUUGUUUUA